GCAGCUCCGCCAUGCCCUCUCGCGACGACGCCCAAAAACUCUUCAUCCAGGCCGUCCUAUCCCGCAGAUACCUCUCGAAAAAGCUGACGGAACUUUUGGUUGGCAGAUGCAUCGCCGCUGUCCGAGCUGCGGAUGAUACCCUGAACAUCAACGACAACUACGACGCGUUCAUAAUAUCGGUCAACAAUGCGUUGGACCCGCUGGACCUGGAGCUGGCGUUCCUCCACGACGAGAUCACCGGGAGGCAAAUGUGUGCACUGGUCAACCGCAAGGGCGACGAGCUCGCGCAGAUAGCGACCGACUACUCGCCGCUCGAAAUCGCGUACUUCAAGGCCCUCGUCGAGCGCAUCAUGCUCGCGCCGAACGAGUCGUACUCCGUGUCGUCACUUGCGGCGCUGCGCGAGACCGCGGCGCUCAAGUCGAGCAUGACGAAGACGCAGGCGGAGAUCGUGCUCGCGAGCUUCGUCGCGAAGGGAUGGCUGAACAAAAGCCCCCGCGGCCGGUACUCCCUCUCGACGCGCACGCUGCUCGAGCUCCAGCCGUACAUCAGAUCGACAUACGCAGACGAAGUCGUCGAAUGCACCGUCUGCUUCGAGAUCGUCACGCGCGGCAUCGGCUGCUUCACCGCGAACUGCAAGGCGCGCCUGCACGACCACUGCUUCGCGAACUACCGCAACAGCAAGCACAAGUGCCCCGCCUGCACCGCCGACUGGUCCGCGAACGAGAAGAGGCUGCUGUUCGUCGGGGAGAAGGCCGCCAGCGCGGACG